AUGGACAACUUAUACAUGAAAGGUGAACUGUUACAGGUUCAUACCAAGAACAGUGAAGUAUAUGAAGGCCGGUUUUAUGGUAUGACUAAUGAUAAGUCUAAAAUUUCUCUUUACAAUGUUAAGGAUUCACCUAAAGGAGACCUAAGUGAUGGUGUACUACACUAUUAUGACUCAGAUAUAAGGGAUAUUGUUAAACUUAAAGAGCCUAAUGAACAGCAGCAUUUAAAAAUAUCAGAAAAGGAAUGUGAAGAAAUCAUAAAGACAUCUAAAAAGUAUAUUUACAUCAACCAAGUUGAUAAGAGUUUUCAUGAAGCAUUGGAAGACUUGAACCAGUACAAUUACAUUGGCUUGAGUACUGAUGGUGCAAGCAUGGGACGCAAAUGUAAAAUGCCAUUCUUGGUUUUGUCUACUCCCCAUCAGAUUUACAUUUUCGACAUCAAAGUUAUGGAAUAUCAUGCAUUUGAUGCUGGAUUAAAGAAACUCUUAGAAAGUGAGACACCAAAAAAGAUUGUUCAUAAUUCAAGGAAUAUAUCAGACUGUUUGUUUCACAAGCAUGUUGUCAAGUUGAAUUCAGUAUUCGACACCCAGGUUGGUGAUCUUCUCAUUACCAGGAACAAAACUGGGCGUUUGCCAGACAAGGUGAAGAGUUUAUCAGAGUGCCUGAAUCUUUAUCUUGGGUUACAGCAAUCAGUGGUUGAUGAUAAACUUGGUGUGUUGGAGUGCACUGAACGUCCACUAGCUACAAAGAUCAAAGACAGCCUGGCCAAGAAUAUAGCAUUUCUGCAUCGUCUCUCUGAAACCAUAAAUGAUGAAAUGUUGCUGCCAUUUGUGAGAGGAGUUGAAUGCUUUGUAGAAAAUAUUCGUUCACUAGAUGACUUUAAAGCUUGGGAGCGUUGUGGUAUGCAAGACCAUAUACCAAAGGAUUUCAAGAGUGCAAUAGAGUAUUAAAUACUAUCUUUGAUACACAUUCCGAAGAUGACACAAAUUGUAGAAUAGUAGUUUUUUUUAUUUCUGGCACAUUUUGGUUUCAUGCUAAUUUAUGGCUGUUUGGCUUAGGCUAGUGUCAUUAAUACAGUAUUAAAAUUCAUGUUCUAUGCAUGUAUUAUGUAUGUAGGUUUAGAAGUGCAUAAAAUCUUACAUAAUAAUUAAUUAAUCAUAAGAGCAGAUGUUGCAAUCAAAAUAUAACUGCUUGUGUUUGAUGUAUCUGUGAUCACUCAACGUAACAUGUCUAAAUAGCUUUUUGAAUUGUCUUAAAAUUAGGUUUAUUUUUGUAUUUAUGAGAAAAUGUUGAUAUAAGGUUUGCAUCUAUAUUUGUACUUACAAUCCCGAUUUUGUGGUUUAAUAUCUAAAAGUAUAUAUUUUUAUGUAGGGUCUAAUAUUUACUACAAAAUGUUUUUUAUCAUAUCUUGUGCUAGAAAAUAAUGUAGAAUAUGAAACUGUAUUUAUCUUUGAUGUAAGAUUGAGCAUAUUUUGAGAGAAGGUUUAUAGAUGGAUUAAUAAGGUGUGCUAUAAGUAUGAACUUAAUAGAUUGUCACUUUCACCAUGAAGCUAGCUUUUGUGAACUUGAAAGCCAUGCUUUUAAAUUUUAUUAAAACCUGUAUGUGCUUGAGAA